CGCUGCUGAAGUAUCACUUACUCUUAAAAAUGCCGGAAUCGAGGCUUUCAAGCCUGAGGAGUAUGGUGACUCUAUCAACAUUACGCGAACUUUCACGCAAGCUGGAGCUUCUUCAUAUAAAAUCAAGAAUACUGGAGGAAAAUUGGUCUCAAGCGCCCGGAGCGAAUUGUCAGCCAUACUAGACCAUUUUCAGAUUGACGUCGAUAAUCCAAUGAAUAUCCUCACACAAGGCGAGAAGUACCAACUUAAAGAAGAAUACGAGAUCAUUCGCGAGAAUUGUGGCAAAACUAGUGCAAUCCUCGGGCAGAAACGUUCAUCCAUCGAGGAACUGGAGGAAAAGUAUAAGGAGGUGUCGGGACGUCAUGAAAAGGCGCAAGGGCUGAUCAAUUACCAGAGAGCUAUCGAUGCGCUCAAGGCAGAACUGGCAUGGGCACACCUGGCAGAGAAAGAAGAACAAUUGGAAAGUGCCGUGGUCGACAAGGUCGAUAAGCAGAGCAAAGUGACACAGUUGGAGGAAAAAAUAGUCGCGGCGCAAGUCCUUGUCAGUGAAAACGAAGCAAAGGUGAAUGAGCAAGACACCAAAGCGAAACAAGCAGCGACCCCAGAUGCUCUUCGGGCACAAAUGAAAGGUGUCAAUGAAAUGAUUAGCCAGAAUAAGCACGACUUGCGCAAUGCUAAGGUUUGUGGAUCAAUAGGGGUCCCCUUUACGCCUACCGUUGACACGAAUAUUUUUGUUCAGCGCGAUUUCAUUAAUAUCAAAGAGGAGCUCAAAGGUGUGAGGGAUAAGAUCAAGAAUAACAACGAAGAAUUGGAGGAGCAGAGACAACGCCUUGCUCGAGAUGGCGAGAGGGAAGCCAUCCGACGUCGUGUAGAAGAAGCACAACAAACCUUCGAGGAGGCAAGGCGUGCGCAUACGGAUGCUGGGCAGGCUGUCGAGGGCCUGAAACAAGAGCUAGAAAGUGAUCGCCGAGCUUUGCAAGAGGCGGAUCGGGAGUUCACCAAUCUCAGAAAUAGGGUAGGCGACUGCGACGCCAACGUCAACCGUCUUCAACGAGUAGCCACAGGAAGUGGAGGUCCUGCCAUGUAUGGUGAUCAGAUGCCGGAAAUAUUGAGAGCUAUCGAUAAUGCUCAAUGGAGGGGCCAAAAACCAGUGGGCCCAUUGGGCCUCUACGUUAAGCUUAGGGAUAACAGAUGGGCAAAUACUCUCCGAGUUGGCAUCGGGAACCUGUUGGGCAGCUUUGCAGUCACCGAACAUGCAGAUCGUAACCAACUCAAGAGGAUCCUUGACCAAAGAGGAGCCUCUGGUGAACCUCCUGCGCAGCUACUCACUGUGCUCAGAGUCCUUGACAUAUCUCAUGAAUGGGUUACUCGACUUCUUAUUAAUGGUAGGGGCAUUGAACGCUUAGUGCUUGCCCAAGAUCGCGGAGAAGCGGAGGAUAUCCUCAAGCGGCACCCUAAAUAUACGGGAUCACGCGGUUUUGAUACAGCCCACAGUGAUGGAGGAGGUCAAACAGCUAGUCUCGGUAAACUUCCCAAUGAUUUUAGGCGACUGCUGUUCCCCGAACGGAGCAUACAAGAAGAACUUAAAAAUGCCCAAGAAGAGAUGAGCAACUGUCAAAUGGAAUGUGAAGAAGCGACUCGACGCAAAAGGGAAGCAGAGUCCUCUUUCCGCAACAAAGAAUCACAAUUGAGGGAGUGCCAGCAAAACGAAAGGCGAUGCCAUGACGCGGCAAGACAAGCCCAUAUGGCAUUGCAAUCUGUCAAAGCGAAUGAUGUUCAGGAAACGCCCAUCAAUCUAGCCGCACUAGAGGUCUCAGCAGAAGAAUUGCGUACUGAAGAAGAAGGGCUUACCCGACAACUUGAAUCAUGCGCCGACACAGUUGCAGAGAUAGAAUCUCGGAACCGGCCUUUAGUCGAACAAGCCAGUGGCCUUCGUAAUGAUAUAGCAAGUUUCGAGGCCAAUCGAAGAACUCUCGAGGUCGAGAUGAAUGAAGUAGUCACGGAGCUACUCAAAUCUCAAAGAGAGCUAUCACAUUAUCAGAAUAAACUCGAAGAGGCAAAACAGGAUGUCCGCAAGGCCGGGACGGCGCAAGACCAAAUCGAAACGGACUAUAAGAAUCCUAGGCGGUCUACAGUCAUUGACAAGGAGCUAAAAGCAAAUCAAGCUUCAUUGGAUAGGGCAAUACAAGAACAAGGACAGACGGUCGAGGAGAUCGAGGCUGAGUUGAUCCGUGCUAGGGACACCUGGACCAAGGCAAGGGAUGAAUAUAGGGACAUGAGUAACCUUGUUCGU